AGGGAAUGAGCACAAGAAUAAACUCGGAAAGUAGUCCCAAGCCCAAUGUAGAUAUUAGCUGCUCACAAGAGAUGAGGAAAAAAAAUCCAAAGAGAAAGCGCAAUUCUUGUGAAAAUAUAGAGCUAUUAGUGGAAAUAAUGACGCCAGAAGCAGAUCCAUCUCUUCAGCCUCUUCUUGCAAUAUUCUCUGAACAAGAGGUAGAGGUGACACAUCCACUUGAUACUAGUACAGAGUGGAAAGAUACCAAGUUUGAUGAAGUUCCUUCCUCGUCACAUUUGGCUCCAAAAGCUGAUACUGAAGUAGUUGCUAUCAGUAGAGAGGGCAGUCUUUUGCAGAUGGCACAAUCUUCACCUGAAAAAUCUCUUCUUAAGUGUUCUCAGAAAAAGCUUCUCAUUCUUGAUAUUAAUGGGCUGCUUGCUGAUAUUGUUCAGAUGGAAGAUUCUAACUGCAGUAGUUUUAAACCAGACAAAGUUAUAUCAUGGAAAUUUUUAAGAGGCCAUUUUGCGAUGAUUUUAUCCAGUUCUGCUUUGACAGAUUUGAUGUGGGUGUGUGGUCUUCAAGAAUCAAGAAAAAUGUGGACUUGCUGAUAGAUUUUCUUUUGGGGGAUUCCAAACACAAAUUAUGAUUCAUAAAGCAACUCAUCCACUUCAUCCUUCUCAAUUAUAUGGGAUUAUCCUUAAUUGUGUUAAACUUUUAGACAAAGUGAAUAGACUAUUGUGUUAUCAUCUGCACAAGAGUGUAAAAAAAUGUGAUGCAAUUAUAUGAAUCAUUUGGUACCAUGUAGUUUGUAGUAUCUAAUUGACUCUAUGUGGUCUACGUAGUCUGUUUGUAGACCAGCAUGCGACUUUUCAACCACCUAGAGUCU